CCGGGUGCGCACGCUGCGGCCGCCGGCGCGGGGCUAGUGGCGCCAGAAUUCGGAGCGCGGAAGCGCCUGAGCGGCUGCUUUUUCUAGCUCGGACCCUCUACCACAGCGACGCCUGGACCUGCAGGCAGAGACGAUGGUGGUUCUCCGCAGCAGUCUAGAGCUGCACAGCCGCUCCACCGCAUCGGCCACAGAUUCCCUGGACCUGUCCAGCGAGUUCCUUAGCCUGGAGCAGAUGGGACGGAGGCGGCUUCGCUCGGCCGGCGCCGCGGAGAAAGCCGCCGUCACUGCGGCCGCUUCGGGCGAUGGGUCUUCGGUUAAGGAAGUUGAAACCUACCACCGGACGCGUGCUUUAAAGUCGUUGAGAAAAAAUGCCCAGACUUCUUCAGAUUCUAGUUUUGAUAAGAAUAUGGAAAUAACAGAGAAGCAUGCUAAUGGCAGGCAUUUUACAAGACAGUUGGCCAGACAGCAGGCUAAUAAAAAAAAAGAAGAGUGCAAAGAAGACAAAGUGAUUCCAGUUACUCGUUCAUUGAGGACUAGAAACAUUGUUCAAACUACAGAACAUUUGCACGAAGAGAAUGGUGAUGUUGAAGUUCGUCGAAGUUGUAGGAUUAGAAGUCGUUAUAGCACUGUGAACCAGUCUGUGCUAUUUGACAAACUUAUAACAAACACUGCUGAAGCUGUACUUCAAAAAAUGGAUGACAUGAAGAAGAUGCGUAGACAGCGAAUGAGAGAACUUGAAGACUUGGGAGUUUUUAAUGAGACGGAAAAAGGCAAUCUUAAUAUGUACACGAGAGGAAAACAAAAAGGUAUUCAAAGAACUGAUGAAGAAACAACUGAUAAUCAAGAAGGCAGUGUGGAAUCAUCUGAAGAGGGUGAAGACCAAGAAGAUGAAGAUGAUGGUGAAGAUGAAGAUGAUGAUGAUGAAGAUGAAGAGGAUGAUGAAGAUGAAGAGGAUGGAGAAGAAGAUAAUCAGAAACGAUAUUAUCUUAGACAGAGAAAAGCAACUGUUUACUACCAGGCUCCAUUGGAAAAACCUCGUCACCAGAGAAAGCCCAACAUAUUUUAUAGUGGCCCAGCUUCUCCUGCAAGACCAAGAUACAGAUUAUCUUCUGCAGGACCAAGAAGUCCUUACUGUAAACGAAUGAACAGGAGAAGACAUGCAAUCCAUAGUAGUGACUCUACUUCAUCUUCCUCUUCUGAAGAUGAACAACACUUUGAGAGGAGAAGAAAAAGGAGCCGUAAUAGAGCCAUCAAUAGGUGCCUCCCACUAAAUUUUCGAAAAGAUGAAUUAAGGGGAAUUUAUAAAGAUCGAAUGAAAAUUGGAGCUAGCCUUGCUGAUGUUGAUCCAAUGCAACUAGAUUCUUCAGUACGAUUUGAUAGUGUUGGUGGCCUGUCCAAACAUAUUGCAGCUCUAAAAGAGAUGGUGGUGUUUCCAUUACUUUAUCCAGAGGUCUUUGAAAAAUUCAAAAUUCAACCCCCAAGAGGUUGUUUGUUUUAUGGUCCACCUGGAACUGGAAAAACUCUGGUUGCUAGAGCACUUGCCAAUGAAUGCAGUCAAGGGGAUAAAAGAGUAGCAUUUUUCAUGAGGAAAGGUGCUGAUUGUUUGAGUAAAUGGGUAGGGGAAUCUGAAAGACAGCUACGAUUGCUAUUUGAUCAGGCCUAUCAGAUGCGUCCAUCAAUUAUUUUCUUUGAUGAGAUCGAUGGUCUGGCUCCAGUUCGGUCAAGUAGGCAAGAUCAAAUUCACAGUUCAAUUGUUUCCACCCUGCUAGCUCUUAUGGAUGGUUUGGACAGCAGAGGAGAAAUUGUAGUCAUUGGUGCUACCAACAGACUAGAUUCCAUAGACCCAGCUUUACGAAGACCUGGUCGCUUUGACAGAGAAUUUCUUUUUAGCCUACCUGAUAAAGAUGCUCGAAAAGAGAUUCUAAAGAUUCACACAAGGGAUUGGAAUCCCAAACCACUGGACGUAUUUCUAGAAGAAUUAGCAGAAAACUGUGUUGGAUACUGUGGUGCAGAUAUUAAGUCCGUGUGUGCUGAAGCUGCUUUAAGUGCUCUAAGACGACGCUACCCACAGAUUUAUACCACUAGUGAGAAGUUGCAGUUGGAUCUCUCUUCCAUUAAUAUCUCAGCUAAGGAUUUUGAGGUAGCUAUGCAAAAGAUGAUACCAGCCUCCCAGAGAGCUGUGACAUCACCUGGACAGGCACUGUCUGCCAUUGUGAAACCACUCCUUCAAAGUACUGUUCAAAAGAUCUUAGAAGCCCUACAGAGAGUAUUUCCACAUGUGGACAUGAGAACAAAUAAAGCAUUAGAUUCAGAUAUUUCUUGUCCUCUGCUAGAAAGUGACUUGACAUACAGUGAUGAUGACAUUCCAUCAGUAUAUGAAAAUGGACUUUCUCAAAAAUCUAAUAAGGCAAAAGAAAAUUUUAAUUUUCUACAUUUGAAUAGAAAUGCUUGUUACCAACCUAUGUCUUUUCGACCAAGAAUAUUGAUAGUGGGAGAACCAGGAUUUGGGCAGGGUUCUCACUUAGCACCAGCUGUCAUCCAUGCUUUGGAAAAAUUUACUGUAUAUACAUUAGACAUUCCUGUUCUUUUUGGAGUCAGUGCUACAUCCCCUGAAGAAACAUGUGCACAGAUGAUUCGUGAAGCUAAGAGAACAGCACCAAGUAUAAUAUAUGUACCACAUAUUCACCUGUGGUGGGAAAUAGUUGGACCAACACUUAAAGCCACAUUUACCACAUUAUUACAGAAUAUCCCUUCAUUUGCUCCAGUUUUACUGCUUGCAACUUCUGACAAAUCCCAUUCUGAUCUACCAGAAGAGGUGCAAGAAUUAUUUAUCCAUGAUUAUGGAGAGAUUUUUAAUGUCCAGUUACCAGGUAAAGAAGAACGGACAGCAUUUUUUGAAGAUUUAAUCUUAAAACAAGCUGCUAAGCCUCCUAUAUCAAAAAAGAAAGCAGUUUUGCAGGCCUUGGAGGUACUCCCAGUAGCACCACCACCUGAGCCAAGACCAUUGACAGCAGAUGAAGUGAAACGACUUGAAGAACAAGAAGAAGAUACAUUUAGAGAACUGAGAAUUUUCUUAAGAAACGUUACACAUAGGCUUGCUAUUGAUAAACGAUUCCGAGUAUUUACUAAGCCUGUUGACCCUGAUGAGGUUCCUGAUUAUAUCACAGUAAUUAAGCAACCAAUGGACCUUUCAUCUGUAAUCAGUAAAAUCGAUCUACACAAGUAUCUGACCGUGAAGGACUAUUUGAGAGAUAUUGAUUUAAUCUGUAGUAAUGCUUUAGAAUAUAAUCCAGAUAGAGAUCCUGGAGAUCGUCUUAUUAGGCAUAGAGCCUGUGCUUUAAGAGAUACUGCCUAUGCAAUCAUUAAAGAAGAACUUGAUGAAGACUUUGAGCAGCUUUGUGAAGAAAUUCAAGAAUCUAGAAAGAAAAGAGGUUGUAGCUCCUCCAAAUAUGCUCCAUCUUACUACCACGUGAUGCCAAAGCAAAAUUCCACUCUUGCUGGUGAUAAAAGAUCUGAUCUAGAGCAAAAUGAAAAGCUAAAGGCAUCCAGUAUUCCUGUGGCUUGCAGCACACCUGCUCAAUUAAAGAGAAAAAUUCGCAAAAAGUCAAAGUGGUACCUAGGCACUAUAACAAAGAGAAGGAAGAUUUCUCAGGCAAAGGAUGAUAGCCACAAUGCUAUAGAUGACAAAAUUGAGAGUGAUAUAGAGGAAACUCAAGAUACAAGUGUAGAUCAUAACGAGACUGGAAACACAGGAGAGUCUUCUAUAGAAGAAAAUGAGAAACAACAAAGUGCCUCUGAAAGCAAAAGAGAAUUGGGAAAUAAUUCAAGUACUUACAAUAUUGAGAAAGAACUUGAAGAAUCUAAGAAUGCUACACCAUCUACAGAAUUGAGAAAAGAUAAGGUUGUUUGCAAUGGAGAUCCUUCUAACUCUCAGAUAAUAGGCAUUUCUGAUGAAAAUGAGGGAAAAGAAAUGUGUGUUCUGCGAAUGACUCGAGCUAGACGUUCCCAAGUAGAGCAACAGCAGCUCAUCAGUGUUGAAAAGGCUUUGGCAAUUCUCUCUCAGCCUACACCCACUCUUGUUGUGGACCAUGAUCGAUUAAAAAAUCUUUUGAAGACUGUCGUUAAAAAAAGUAAAGAAUACAAUAUAUUGCAACUGGAAAAUUUGUAUGCAGUAAUCAGCCAGUGUAUUUAUCAGCAUCGCAGAGACUAUGAUAAAACAACACUUAUCCAGAAAAUGGAGCAAGAGGUAGAAAACUUCAGUUGUUCCAGAUCAUGAUGUCAUCAUAUCAAGUAUUUUUUUAUAUUCAGUUCUUAUUUAAUAGACUUUUGACAUAUCUGCAUGUCCAGAUGCAAGAUUUCAUUUUGCAUCUUUAAGAAAAAGAUUAAAAUAGUUAAAUAUUUAAUUUUCCUAUUUAUGUACAUGUGUAAGAUAACCAAUGAAUAUUGGAAGUUUGUUUGAACAAAGCACUGUAAUAAUAGUAAUAGUUGAAGUUUGGCCAACUCUUAAUAAAGUUAUUUUGAUACAUUUUAUGGCACUUAAAAUAGUGACAUGGAAUUUUUUUGUUAAGCACUUUUACCUUUCCUAAAAAAUAGUUUAUUGUAGCAGACUAGAAAAGUAUCCAUUGUUUCUUUGCUUCUUGUUAUAUUUGUUUUUAUGUUUUCCCUUCUCUACCUUUAGCUUCCUUUUGCCCAAUUGUUCAUUUAGCUCAAGUCAUUGUUUGCAAGGAGGCUGCUCCACAAUUCUGUACUUGACUAUCAAAAUUAUUGUUUUUUAGAUAAGCAUUUUGAUAAUUCUAAUUUGGGUUAAUAAAGAUUUUAAAUAUU